UCAUUUGGGGCUGACCUCAAAGACACUGGUCGCAACCUUGAUAAAUACGACCUUGUACAGAAGCUCGAUAUACCACCGUGAAGGAUGAACAUCAUCCUCUGCGCCUCUCUGGCGAUGUCAAUAAUGCAAAGCGCGAAGAACUGCAGUCUCAUGCACCAUGGCACGUGCAUGCAGUUCGCUGCUCUCUACAUCGAAACUUCGCGGUUUUUAUGCAUCACAGAAGGCGACUCGAGCCCGUACGGCAUCAAAGUUGGGCCCUCCUGCGCGCGACGCGGAAUGGUGGCAUCUGUCCGGCUCGUUGGAGACGACUGUGCGUUAUUACCUGGUGGAACCAAGGCCAUGGAGAAUAUCCUGACAGCGCUUUGCGACGGCUUGAUAGACGAGGAGAUUGCCCAAGAAGUAAUCGCCAACUUCGAGACUGCUAUUCGUGCCGACAUUGCCUUGAUGCCAGAUAAACGCAAGGCACCAGUGACACAAAUGCUGCUCUUGUGCAAGGGGUUAUCCACAGCAAUUCGGAUGAGUCUGGAGAAGAAGGUAGUGGCAAUGAAGAAGAGGAAAAAUCAGUUUGAGGAUUGCCUACGGGAGAUUGAAGAAGAGAAGCGGAGGCUUGAGGAGGAAGAGCAGAGGCUUGAGGAAGAAGAACGGAAGCUUGAAGAGAAAGAGAAGAAGCUUAGGGAGGCAGAGAAGAAGCUUGAGGAGGAAGAGAAGAAGCUUAAGGGGGCGGAGCAGAAGCUUAAGGAGGAGGAGCGGAAGCUUAAGGAGAAAUAGCAGAGUCUUGACAAAUACUUGAACGCGCUUGAGGAGAGCUGGAGCGAACUUGGGGGCAUUAUUUGCAGGUUUGAGAGCGUCCAGGCGGAACCUAAGUAGAGAAAGUAGAUAAAGCUAGUCUUGGGUCGGCAUACGUGCGCUCGUCUUAGCCUAGUAACCAAGUGCCCGUAGUCUUUUGUACUAGUUAGUUCUAUCUUCACUCAUAAGCCCCCGGUAGAUGUUGUUGACGCUUCCGUCUGAGCGGAAUGCGCUUUGUUAAAGGUAAAGAAAAGCUGCAGGAAUAGUCAAGGUAUACAUGUCUUACCUCUCAAACAUUCCCAGUCACUGCACUUAGAACAUAAAAAGGGUCUACUGUUUGAAAUCGACGACUCAGCGGGAAUAUAGUUGCCUCCAUGCCUUAUUGUAUGACAGCGUGUGCUACUCCUGAAGAGGAGUUGUGAGGUUGAAC